AUGACAAGUUCAAACAACAAAAACAAUGAGCAAGAAUGCUUGCACGAAUCUUGGAUGAAUCUUCAACAUGCAGAAUUAAGGGAACUUGAACAAGCUGCAGCAGCUAACAGACCAAAAGAUGAACAGAAACAAACUCAACUCAUUGAAAAAAUUAUAAAACAUUUUCAAGACUACUGUACCAACCGUAGUCGCUUAGCCCAAAAGGACGUCUCACCAUUCUUUGCGCCCACCUCGUGCACCCCAUUAGAGAACUCAGUCCUAUGGAUCUGUGGGUGCAGACCAUCUUCAUUCAUACGUCUCAUUUUCACUCUCUUCUGCGGUGUGGAAAUCGAGUCUUAUAUCACUCAGUUCCUUCAGGGUAUCACAAGAAAUGGCGAAAUCCAUGAGUUUACAGCGAAGCAAAUGAAUAUGGUGGACGAGUUACAGAGCAAGACGAUUCGAGAAGAAAGGAAGCUUUCAUCAAGAUUGGCUAACUGUGAGAAUGCAGAUGAACCGUUGGAUAAAUAUAACAAAUACAUGGCGGCUAUAAUGGAGGAAGCUGAUGAGUUGAGGAUGAAGACAUUGAAAGAGAUUGUGGUAAUACUUGAACCAGAUCAAGCUGUGGAAUACUUAGCAGCAGCUAAGAAGAUUAGGCUUUGUAUCCAACAAUGGGGCAAGAAGAGAGAUCAUGAUAAUACCAACUCAUGUAAUUAA